AUGGUUUCCUUGGGGAAUCCCUGGUGUCAGAAGCAGAGCACAGUUCAGUAUCAGGGCUUCGGAGGCUCGGGUCCGCCGUGCUCCACAGGCAGUGCUGGAGACUACACACCACUGCAGUUUGGCUCAGGCUCGGCACCCAUCAUCUCCUGCUCACUAGGGGGAGCUCCAUGGGGGGUGAAUGGAAAACUGCUGUGGAAAACCCUCAGACUCAAAGUCACAUUGUGUCUCAUUAUCCUGAUCUGA